GGCAGCGGCCGCCCCUGUCCCGGGCACCGUCCUGCCUCGGGCACCGCCCUGCCCCUCUCCCGUUCCCUCUGCGCUCCCUCUCAUUUCUGUCGCCCCCUUCACCCCCGUCCCAAAGCCUGGAGCGCGACCCUUCAGGCAUCGCCGGCGCAAAGCCUGCGGUCAUGCUGCCUGGCAGGAAGGGACACSUGUCCCCCGGACCGGGUUGCUUGUUAAUCGAAGAACUGAAAAAUAACUGAGGUGAAUUUAGUUGRUCUGUAGAAGUCCGUGGUGGACACCUGUCGCUCUUGCUUGGGSCAGCAGGGAAGGAGCCAUUCGGUGUGUGUGACAACGGGCUGCUUGCACGUACUGUGUGUAAAUUUUGGAUUAAAUAGCCCCUGACAAAGAGCCCACAAAUCAGAGCACAGAGCCCAGACCCAGGGGUCUCUCAGCUCAAACCCUUGCCCCUGACAAGGCAGUCUUUCUCUGUUAAUUUUGCAGCAUUUGGUACAUGGUUGSAACUGUAGCAACAGAAAUAGUGAGGAUUUCUUUUCUUUCAAUGUGGAUCUGAUUGUUGAACCACUCAUCCGCCUCGCCUCGGCAAGGCAUGGAUCCAGGCAAAGAACGGGUGCAUCUGCUUCUCAGGGCCCUAUCCACAUGGCCAAAGACUUCUUUAUGCUUUUUCAGCCUGUGUUGGUACAAUUCCCUUCAUUUUUUUCUUUCAAAGAUUCCAGUAAAGAAUUCAUGCAUCAUGAAUUUGAGCAUGCUCUGAAGGCAGUCCCUGGCUUUCAGUGAGUGGACCUGAUUAGUCUUGUCUACCGAGAUAAUUUGCUAAUUGCUGCUAUUCAGGCAAAAACCAGUUCUUCAGUAUCUGAGGAUGGAUAAAGACUUCCGCUACUACUUCCAGCACCCGUGGUCUCGCUUAAUCGUGGCUUACUUAGUGAUCUUCUUUAACUUCUUAAUAUUUGCUGAGGACCCAGUAUCUCACAGCCAGACAGAAGCCAAUGUUAUUGUUGUUGGUAAUUGUUUCUCCUUUGUAACAAAUAAAUACCCUGAAGGAGGAGGCUGGAGGUUUUUGAAGGUGUUUCUGUGGCUGCUUGCCAUUCUCACAGGACUGAUAGCUGGAAAGUUUCUCUUCCAUCAGCGCUUGUUUGGUCAGUUGCUCCGUCUGAAAAUGUUUCGAGAAGACCAUGGGUCUUGGAUGACGAUGUUCUUCAGCACCAUCCUCUUCCUCUUCAUAUUUUCUCACAUUUAUAACCUGUUCCUUAUUAUGGCAGGGAAUAUGAGUGCAUACAUUAUAACAGACUUCAUGGGCAUCAGGAAUGAAAAUUUUAUGAAGGUAGCUGCAGUUGGGACUUGGAUGGGAGAUUUUGUCACAGCGUGGAUGGUCACAGAUAUGAUGCUUCAGGAUAAACCCUACCCAGACUGGGGAAAGUCUGCCAGGGCUUUCUGGAAGAAAGGAAACAUUAGGAUCAUUUUAUUCUGGACGGUUCUGUUUACUCUGACCUCUGUAGUUGUGCUCGUCAUCACUACYGACUGGAUCAGCUGGGACAAGCUGAAUCGUGGAUUUCUGCCCAGUGAUGAGGUCUCAAGAGCCUUCUUGGCUUCUUUCAUCUUGGUGUUUGACCUUCUUAUUGUCAUGCAGGACUGGGAGUUUCCACAUUUUAUGGGCGAUGUUGAAGUGAAUCUUCCAGGCUUGCCCUCAGCACAUAUGCAAUUCAAAUUACCUUAUUUCCAAAAGAUACUGAAAGAGGAAUAUCACAUACAUAUAACAGGCAAAUGGUUUAACUAUGGAAUUAUCUUCCUUGUUUUAAUCUUGGAUCUGAAUAUGUGGAAGAACCAAAUAUUUUACAAACCUCAUGAAUAUGGUCAAUAUAUCGGYCCUGGACAGAAGAUCUACACAGUGAAGGACUCAGAGAGCUUGAAAGACCUCAAUAGAACUAAGCUAUCAUGGGAGUGGAGAUCCAAUAACACCAACCCGCUGACCAACCGGACCUAUGCYGAAGGGGACAUGUUCCUGCACAGCAGAUUCACAGGCUCUAGCCUUGAUGUCAAAUGCCUGGCUUUUAUUCCAAGUUUGCUGGCUUUUGCAUUGUUUGGUUUCUUCAUCUGGUUCUUUGGGCGAUUUCAGAAAACUGACCAAGGCAUGGAGAAUUUAGACAAAUCGUACACAAGAAUGAAACGAAAGUCACCGUCAGAUAUGGGAAUGACACGAGAAAAUACACAGGUGUUAGAAGAACCAUUGAAUUUUCAAGAACCCCAUAUGGUAUCCAUAAAAUCAGACUUAAGUGAAAUAGUUUUUAAUUCUUCUCUCCUGACUUCUGAAAACUUGAACGCACAACUGAAUGAACAAGACAGCCCUUUACAGCCAGUACCAGAGUCCUCUGUCCCUAAGAAUAAUCCUGUGACAUAGAAGCACAUACCCAGGAAAUCAGUUUAAAUAAGCAGUUACUAUAAGAUUGCAGUUUUACCUUUUGUAAGUUAAGAUUUACAUAGUGUUUAGAAUAAGAAACUCAACCUAUACCAAGAGGUGCUCAGCAUGCUUUUUCUAGGAAUUUUGAUUUUUAUUUGUAUUAUAGUACGUGCCUAUUGUAUAUCUAACAUUCCUUUAUAGAUUGCUUCCCAAAAUUGCACAAGCUAUUUAUGAAUACAUUAACUGUAUAAUAGUGUAUUAGAUGAUUACUUGCAGGUAUAAAAUUCUACCGUGGUGGUGCCUUGAGACAUUAAACUGUUUUUUAACUCAAUGCCAGGUGUAUAGCACAGUUUCUCAUCUGUUUUGCAAAGCUUUUUGUAUAUGUUGUUUCAAGUAUCAUUUGAUGUCUUGACAGAGAAGAUAAAUAUACUWAUUCCUAAAGAAGGUUUUCUGUUAGGGCAUUACAGCUUGACUUUGUUAUUUAUUCAUCUGUGAAAUCAGAGAUUUUGAUGACCAGACUGCAGAGAAGCAUGUUGAUUACCUUUUAAUUUUUCUGGCUAGCUGCCAAACACAAAUACAAAUUUAUUAUGCAGUAAGCAGCAGAGACAUAAUACAGCAUGGGUCACUAGUUGUGAAAAUAUGAGUUUCUCCAUCAGUAAUAGCAAUUAGGUGAUAAUGCCUAAUUAUGUUUUUCUUAAUUAAAAAUAAACUGCUCCUUGAUUAAAAGUUUUGCCCUUCACCUUUUAGAAACAGGGGUGAAAAUACAUGGUUGAAGCAACUCUUUCCAUCAUCAUUCCAACCCCAUGCAACAUCAAAGAGCCAAUGGAGUGAUUACAAUAAAGGACACAAAGCCCAUUAAAUCCAGUAUUUUUGCAAUUCAGUGCAGAUAUGGUCUGGGUAUAUAUGAAAUAAAUGGAGGAACACACUGCAUAUAGUCUAAUUUCUCCAAAUAUUGAAGAAAUGUUUAAGGUUUUUAAUAAAAAUAAAUUAAUACUUGAAUUUUAUUGCACAUUUUCUUUUUCUUCUUCAUUCAUUAUCUAUGUGUAUUCAUAACCUGGAAUCAGAAAUAAAGACAAACUGGGGUUUUUGGUUUUUUUKSYUUUUUUGAAGGG